CAUGUGAUAUGAACGUACACAAACGAUGCGAGGAGUCGGUUCCAAAUCUAUGUGGCUGCGAUCACACUGAACGACGUGGGAGGAUACAAUUGACAAUCACUUGUAUAGCCAACAAACUCACAGUUGAAGUUCGGCAAGGAAGAAAUUUAAUACCAAUGGACCCUAAUGGAUUGUCUGACCCUUAUGUGAAACUUAAACUGAUACCAGAUUCGGAUAAUGUUAAGAAGAAAACUAAAACUAUAAGGUCUAGUCUCAAUCCAGUUUGGAAUGAAACACUUGUAUUUGAACUGAAACCAUCCGACAAAGACCGAAGGCUUUUGAUAGAAGUUUGGGAUUGGGACAGAACAUCCAGGAACGAUUUUAUGGGAUCGCUUUCCUUUGGUAUAUCCGAAAUUAUAAAAUCACCAGCAGAAGGUUGGUACAAGCUGCUGACUCAGGAAGAAGGUGAAUUCUACAAUGUGCCAGUACCGGAGGAGGGAACUGAUUUGGCGCAACUUAAGACGCAGAUGAGGAAAACAUCUAUUACCAAAAGGCCAACAUUACCAGCUGAUAAAGAUGUUCCACAUAAUAUGAGUAAAAAAGAUGUGAUACGAGCCACAGAUUUUAAUUUCCUCAUGGUUUUAGGAAAGGGAUCUUUUGGAAAGGUUUUAUUAGCAGAGAGGAAAGGUACAGAUGAACUAUAUGCAAUCAAAAUUCUGAAGAAAGAUAUAAUAAUCCAAGAUGACGAUGUCGAAUGUACUAUGGUUGAAAAACGCGUUUUAGCGUUAUCAUCUAAACCACCAUUCUUAGUCCAAUUACAUUCUUGUUUCCAAACCAUGGAUCGAUUAUAUUUCGUUAUGGAGUAUGUAAAUGGAGGAGAUUUAAUGUUUCAAAUUCAGCAGUGCGGGAAAUUCAAAGAACCGGUGGCAGUGUUUUAUGCUUCAGAAAUUGCCAUAGGCCUAUUUUACUUGCACGCACGAGGAAUAGUAUACAGAGAUUUAAAGCUGGAUAAUGUAUUGUUGGAUCAAGAUGGUCACAUCAAAAUUGCAGAUUUUGGAAUGUGUAAAGAGGGCAUCACAGGAGACAAAACUACAAAGACUUUUUGCGGAACACCAGAUUAUAUAGCACCAGAGAUAAUUCUGUAUCAGCCGUACGGUCGAUCGGUCGAUUGGUGGGCCUAUGGAGUAUUGCUCUACGAAAUGUUGGUCGGUCAACCACCUUUCGAUGGCGAGGACGAAGAAGAACUUUUCGCCGCAAUCACGGACCAUAAUGUUAGUUAUCCGAAAAGUUUAUCCAAAGAGGCUAAAGAAGUCUGCAAAGGGUUGUUAACAAAGAAUCCACUUAAACGGUUGGGUUGCGGAGUUAGAGGUGAAGAAGAUGUCAGAGGUCACGCUUUCUUCAGGAGGAUAGAUUGGGACAGAAUUGAGAACAGAGAAGUUCAACCUCCUUUUAAACCUAAAAUUAAACAUAGGAAAGAUGUAUCAAACUUCGACAGACAAUUCACAAGUGAGAAGGUAGAUUUGACGCCGACUGACAAACUCUUCAUGAUGAAUUUGGACCAAACCGAAUUUAUGGGAUUCUCCUAUCUCAAUCCAGAAUUUGUGCAGCAUGUCUAAGAAAUUAAGGAUGACCAGUGAAAACUAAUUUAUCAAAGAAAUUCACUCGAAUAAUGUGGCUAGUCGGCAUUUGAAACACACAUUUAAGAAAUAAAAUUUCUUACGUGUAUA